CUAAUAUCACAUCUUUUAAUAUUUUUAGUUGCAUUAUCAUUUCAUUCAUGAUACUUGGGUAAUUGUUAAUACCAAAAAUAAUAAUAAUAAUAAUAGUUGGGUAAUUAAAUCAAACUUAUCAUAAUUUCUUCUUCUUUCUCUAGAAAUUAGGGAGUAUGAAUUAAUGAAAGGAGUUGUCAAUAGGAAAAUUAAUUAAGGAUGAUAAUUGGGAGUGGAAACAUUUACAGAAGAGCUUGCAAGUGAAAAUGGCAGGAGCCCUGCACUUCCCCCUUGCCCCGCUUUCAUCAUCUGAUACCAUUUUCAGAGCAAAGCCAUCACUUCAUCUCAGCACCUCUUCCAUUACUUACAAUUGCAGCUUUCUUCCUCAUAAUAAGAGGCGAUUCCUUUCCUUAGAAUCUUCCCCAACUGUCCGCUACUCCGUCCGGGCUUCUCUUUCUUCAUCCUCCACCGACAGAAGUUGGCCCAAAGCCAAGCUUUACGUCAGUGGUCUAUCAUUUCGUACUACUGAAGAUAGCUUGAGAAAUGCUUUCCAAGACUUUGGCAAACUUGUUGAAGUCAAUCUGGUAAUGGAUAAAAUAGCUAAUAGGCCUAGAGGCUUUGCUUUCCUUCGUUAUGAAACUGAGGAAGAAUCUCAAAAGGCUAUUGAGGGAAUGCAUGGGAAGUUUUUGGAUGGCAGGGUUAUAUUUGUUGAAGUUGCAAAACCAAGAUCAGAGGUUCGCCAAGGCCAUAAACAAAGUCCGCGACCGUUUUGAACGAUCAAGCACCAAGCUAGGAUAUUACUUUCUUGGUUGUAUCUCAUCAAAUCCUAAUGUAGAGCCAAACCAUUCUGGAAAUUGCUGCCUUUCCCAUCUAUAAAAUGGUCAAUCUAGAAAUAGGUGUUAUUAUGGAUUUAUGAUUUUGUGCCGUAUAUUUGUUUUACCAUAUGAUACCUACUGAUGACAAUUGAAACCAGUUUUGGCCUUCUCGCAUUAGUUACUAAUAGGUUAAAUGCUUAAUUUGGUCCCUUAAUAAUUUUUUGCACUUUUU